AUGUGGCUGAUAGGGCGUCACCCGAUUUGUAUCGCACGGAGUUCAUUUCAUCUUGGCAUGUCGAUAUGUCAAGUCGAUUUGGGUUCCUUUUCGUUAGGACAAAAUAAACAUGGUGAUCUGAAAUUUAUUUUCAAUCAGGCUGCGAAUAUUUUCGGAUUCGGGGGUGAUCGUGGAUUUGAUUUAACAAUUGGCGAAGGUCGAUUUAAUACCAAAGCACGACAAGGAGCAUUGAUUGCCGAAGAAAGGAUUGGUGCUGAUUCAGGUAUUAAUAUUAAUGAAGCUGAAGGAAUGAACAUCAGAAACUUUUUAAGUUUUGGCAACAAUUCUAAUUCAUCCAAUAAUUCUGCUAGUCCUUUCCUCUCAUUUCUGGAAAAGAUCAAGAAAUUCUUCAUUGCUAUUACUAAUAAACCAACGGAUUCCAUACGAUCUUCCAUGCAAUAUGAAAAUUCAAACGUCAAAACGGGAAGUGCCUUUCGUAGUUUUGAAACAUUAGAACAGCGGAAAAUUUCUGGAGAGGUGAUGAAUUUUAGGCAGCCUGAAAAUGAUAAUUAUGACGAUUAUUAUCAUCAUAUUGAAGUUGGAGAUGAAGUAACUCAAAGAGCGUUUAAAACAACAAGUGAAUCUUCUAAUCAAAAAAAUCGGACCACACUGAAUCAGAGUACUGUUGAAACGGAGUUCAAUGUAACAACCAUUUAA